UUAGCUAGAACUGGCACAAGAGGAGUACUAGUUGCUACAGACAAACUCCUGUAUAUUUAUAAGCUUUAUGUCGGUCAUUUGACAUACUGCGACACAUUUAGGCCGCUAGAUUGAGAUAAUAUAGCUAGUUCUGUGCUAGUUUGUUUUUGUGUGUGUAUGAGCUUCUUUUGUGAUUUUAUGAAAAUGUUUUUGUUGAGUUGCACUUGUUGAAGUAGUAGUUAAAAUAGUUAACUCAUUUUACACUAACUAACAUCUUGUUUUGGUGCAAAAUAUGUACCAACUUCUACUGUUUUGUUGGAGUCUUUUUAUGUUUGUUACUUACUCACUUAUGCAGCCUCAUUUAGGCUAGUUAGCAUAAGCUAAAGCAGGUUUUUCUACUAAUUAUGCUAAUUUUUUCAGUGUGUCAACUUCUAUUUACACUGGUCGAGCAGCUUCAGGGUGUUGACGGAAGGCACACAGCAGCUGGAGGAGGCAUGACCCGGUGAGGCCCCAGUCUCAGUCCGAGAGGAAGCGUGAAGAGCCCAACUUCAUGGAGGCCGUCCCCCCGCUGCAAAGGUGCCGCAUGUUUAGACGACCGUGAGCUGUCCUGACCUGCACUCCUACUGUACGAGCGGCGGCGGCGGCGGCGAGGGGCGGGGGAGGACGCCGCUGAUGCUGCUGAUUGGCCGGCGCCACGACUGUCAUGCAGGAGAAGAUGGAGAAGGGCAAGGGGUCGCCCGAGGUCACAACCCCACCGGAGGGCGGCUGGGGAUGGAUGGUCGUCGCUGGCUGCUUCCUCGUCACCAUCUGCACACGGGGUGUCACCAGUCAUCUUUAAAAGUAAAGAACCUGGAAGGACUCUGCCCUCCUAAAAGGGAUCAAUGCUCGUGCAGAUGUGUUGCCAUGUUCUUCGUGGAGUUCCAGCUGCACUUUGAGAGGGAUUAUUCCACCACAGCCUGGAUCCACAGUCUCAUAGAUUGCACCACCAUGUUCUGUGCUCCUCUCGGCAGCUUCCUUGUCGACCGUCUGUCAUGCAGAGCGACCAUGAUGCUCGGCGGGCUCUUGUCCUCUAUCGGCCUGGUCCUCAGCUGCUUUGCCUCCAGGCUGGAACACCUGUACGUCUCUCUGGGGAUCCUUGCAGGCGUAGGUUUUGCGCUCAACUUCACGCCGUCCAUCGCCAUGGUGGGACGAUACUUCAGCGAGAAGAAAGCUGUGGCCUAUGGUAUCGCUCUGUCAGGCAGCGGCAUCGGGACCUUCAUCUUGGCCCCGGUGAUCCAGCUGCUCAUCGAUCAGUACUCCUGGAGAGGAGCCAUGCUGGUCCUGGGCGGCUUCGUGUCCAACUUGUGUGUCUGUGGCGCUCUGAUGCGGCCCCUGCAGCCCCGCACAGGUCAAAGGGCGACACAGAGCGGCGUUGGCAACGUGGAGCAAGAAGGCGACGCCAAAGAAGAACCUUCGGGUCACAGUGUGGAAGAUCCAAAGUCGCUGGAAAUCAGCAGCUUCAGUCGCACUCAGAGACUUCUCAUCGCCAACGGAGCGCUCCAAAGCUGCGAGCUGGAGGAGAGCCAACUACCUCCGGGCAAGUUGGCCUUGCCGGCGAGCGGGCCCGAAGCCGGCUCGACGGACAUCAAGCUUGCAGAGUGCAUUUUAUUAGGCAACACGCUUACGCCGGCCAAGCCCGGGGAGCUGCAAGUCUCCGACGCCAAGCUCACCAAGCGGGUGCAGGACGUACACAACAAGAUGGGGGAAGACGCUGAUAAAGGCGUUAACUCGCCCGGGUGUUGUCGCUGGCUGCAGCCAGGGCGGGACUUUGGCUUCCUUCUCAUCCCCGACUUCAUGAUCUGGUCGCUGUGCUUCCUGUUUAUGGCGUACGCCUGCAGCACACCUGUGGUCUACCUGGUUCCCUACGCCAUCAGCCAGGGCGUGGAGAAGAAGCAGGCCGCCUUCCUCAUGUCCAUAUUUGGCAUCAGCGGCAUCGUGGGAAACAUCACCUUCGGGUGGAUCACAGACAGGAAGUGCCUGAACAGGUAUCGGAUGCUCAGCUUCAUGCUAAGUGUAGUGGUGGAGGGCCUGUGCUGCUGGUCCCUGCCGCUCCUGCACUCCUUCGCCCCCCUGGCGCUCUUUGCCGUCGUCUACGGCUACUUCGAAGGCGCUUACGUGGCGCUCAUUCCCGUGGUGACCUCGGACGCGGUGGGCUCCGACUACCUCAACUCUGCCCUGGGUGUGGUCUACUUCCUGCACGCCAUCCCGUACCUCGUCAGCCCACCAAUCGGCGGUUGGUUGGUGGACGUGACGGGAAACUACGCAGGAACCUUUUUCCUCAGCGGCACUUCCUUCAUAUUCAGCUCGGUGGUUCUCGCCAUCGCCAUGUUGGUCCGACACUCCUGGAAGACAAACCUGUCCUGUCCAAAACGCGCUGAAUGUCAACAAGACAUCAUCUGAUGCUCAAUAUGUGUAUUUAUCUUGAAAAAAAGACGAGUUUUCUACAUGGUACCUGGUCAUAUGUGUUUGGGUUAAUGUCUCAUGUGUGUGUAAGGUAUAAUAAAUACAUAGCAGUUACAUGAUGUACUGUUGAUUACUGUAAAGUCAAUGUUGUUAUCAAUUAUUCACUUGGUCAAAGCUCCAAUUACUUCACAUUAAAUAUUCCACUUAGAAGUAUGUUUGGGAAAAAUGUUGCAUAUUUUGUGUGUUUGCCAUAUGCAAAACCCAAAACCAGUG